AUCGUGCACUGCGAUCUAAAGCCGCAGAACUUUCUCGUGGUGGGUGGACGCAUUAAGCUCGCCGACUUCGGCCUGGCCGGGCACUGCACAGAGGGCGGUGGGAAGCACAACAACAGCCGGCGCACUGACUGGGCGGGCACGCUGCGCUACAUGCCCCCGGAGGCCUUCUACCUGGGCGCGGCAGGAUCAUGUGAUGCAUCUUCCAGAAUGCGCCCGACCGUGGAUGUGUACGCGUUGGGCGUCAUUUUGUACACCAUGCUGUACUUUGUGAGCCCCUAUGAGGAGCUGCAAAAGUGGGGGGCUUCCCGGGCACUCUUUGCAAUCA